AUCAGUUCUUCACCGAUUGACCACCGUUACACAAGCGCUCGGACCCCUAAUAAGUAUUACAAAAGAACCAAAGGUCAUCCAUGCUACAGGGGGCGCUGCGGAGGACGGGCCGCUAGAACCUCCUCUUGAUUCCUUUGUCGGGGUACAGGCUGUUGUGUUCUGUAUUUUGAAUCCUCUUCUUCAAAUCCAGGGGUCUUAACCUUCCUUACUAUUGGACGGACCGUGUGGUUAACAGUCUGAUAGGUCAUUGGUCAAUGGGCAGGAGCUCAUGUGCAUUAAAGCUGCAGACACCAGAAACAGCAUUCUGAAGGGACUGAAACAGGAGAAUAGCGGAGAUGGACACAAACGUGCUGAUUGGCUGGCAAGAGGAGAGGGUGCGGCUUAGACGAGACGUGUCUCGUUUGCAGGAUGAGCUGGCUGAGAGCCACGCAGAGAGAGAGGAGCUGACUUCACGCUCACACGCACUGGACCACCGGUUGGUGAGCUGCCUCGACCCGUCUCUCUCUCUGCGUGGGUCAGGUGAGGAGAAGGAUUGGAGGAGAAGAGUGCGAGAGGGGAGGGAGAGGGAGGCACGACAGGCCCUACUCAUCCACAAGCUUCAGAACAAGGUGGUGGAGUUCAGAGAGCGAUACCAGGAAGUGAAACAGCGUCUCAAGGGAGAGGAGAGGGAGCUGGCCAACCAAGAGCGGAGGCUGCUGGACGCUCACAGCGAUUCCCUGGAGAGCACCCUCUUCAGGCUAGAGGAGCAGCAGCAGAGAUCUAUUGGACUGGCUGAGGGAAAUUCAUUUCUCAGACAGCAGCUCAGUCAAUCAGAGCAGACUAACCUUGCCUUGAGGGAGGAUCUCCAUAAGUUGACUGCUGAUUGGUCCAGAGCUGUCGAGGAAGCGGAGCUCAAAGAAGUAAAUUGGCAGAAAGAGAAAGAGGGUCUAUUAGGUCAUGUGACUAAGGAACAGGGACGUCUGAUGUGUUUAUGGAGAUCCGUCAUCACACUGAGAAGAGACUGUCUGUCCUUAAAGACCGCCACAGACAGGGACCUUUGUGAGCUGCGGUCUGGGUUCUCCUCCCUCUCCUCCUCACUCCUCACCUGCUGUGACUCCUUCACCUCUGUCUCCCUUCCUCUUGCACCCCCUCUUCAUUCCACCCUGGGGCCCUGCCAAUUGGAGGAGCUGCUGGGGGGAGAGGAGGAGAAAGAGGAGAAGGAGAGAGAUUUGACAGAACUGAAAGGAAGGGUGACAGAGCUCUCUCUCUUAGUGCAGUCUUUGGAGAGAGAGCGGGAGCGAUGGUUGGGGGAGAAGAUAAUGGAGGAGAAGGAGAGGAGAGUGGAGGAGGAGAAGGAGAGGAGUGAGGUGGAGAGGAGCUACCAGUCUCUGAGCCAGGCUAUCCUAACCCUGUCCAGAGUCCUGGGCUCCUCCCCCACCAAGGUAGAUCAUCUCUCCUCUCUGCUGGCGGUGUUGUCCCAGGCAGACAGCGCCCUCCAGAUGAGACACCAGAAACUACAGGAGGCGGAGGUGGUCAGGAGGAGGUUGGAGGAGCAGAAGGAGUCUCUACAGGACAGACUCUACCAGCUGGAGGCCGACCACUCAGAGACAAACACACUCCUGCAAACCACACACCUGCAGCUGGUAGACACCCAGCAGAAACUGGCCAGGGAGAGGGAGACAGUGAUGGGUCUACAGGCGGAGGUGGAGCUGGUUGGAAAGAGGGAGGAGGAGGAGAAAAGAGAGAGCAAGAGGAUGAGGAGAGAGAUGGAGCGGGAGGAGGAGGAGAGGAGACACGUGAAGAGAGACGGACAGAAAAGGGUGGAGGAGGGCCUGAUGGAGAUCGCCCAGCUGAAGGAGAGAGAGCUGAGAGGUCACAUGGAGAUCUACAGCCUGAAGGGGGCGGUAGAGAGAGAGAAGCUGGACAGACAGAGAGCAAAUGAGGAGGCUGUGGAGGCUGGAGAAGCUUUACAGAAGACCAGAGACAGUAUGGUGUUGCUGGUGUGUGAUCAGAACCUAAUGAAGAGACAGCUGGCUGAAACCAGGGACUCUCUGAACAAGAUGGCCGCUCUCAACCAAUCCCUGGUCGAGGACAAGAUGGAGCUCAACACCCACAUACUACAGGUGGAGGCAGAGUUGGCUGAUGGACAGUGCAAGCUCCAUGCUCUGAGGUCAGAGGUCACAUCAUUACAGAGGGAUUUGAGAGUGCUGAGCCAGGACUACAACCAGCUAAAGACCCAUAUUCAGACAGAAGAGGAGGUCCUUCUCCACCUGAGGGAGCGAGAACAAGCAAUGGAGAGAGCAGGGGAGGAGAGAGAGCGAAAGCUGGUUGGUCUGAUAGAGGAGAGAGAGCGAGAGGGAGAAGAACUGAAAGAGCUGUGUACCCAGCAUGCCUUGGUGCGGUCUGAGCUCCAGGAGGCGUGUAGUGAGUUGUCACGGGUUACGGAGGAGAAGAGGAGAGCAGAUAGAGGGAGGGAGGAGCUGCAGAGAAGGAGGGAGGAGCUGGAGAGGGAGAGACGAGACAAGCUGUCCUCUCUGGAGAGAGAGAGAGAGCUGCAAGUGGACGAUCGAGAGCAGCUCAGGUGUACGUUGGUGUCUCUCCACCAGCAGCUGAGGGACCAUCAGCAGCAGGUGUCUGUGUUGGAGAUGGACAGACAGCAGCUCCUCACUCAGACACUCACCCUGCAGCAGACUAAAGACACCCUGCAAGGAGAGAUGGUGUUCUUGAAGGAGGAGGUGGAGUUGGGGAGGAGCCAGGAGGAGGAGCAGAGAGAGAGAAGGCAGGAGGAAGGAAGAAGCAGGAGGCGGCAGGUGGAGACACUUGUGGAGGAGGUGGAGGAGCUGUCCAAGAUGAGGAAAGAAGGAGAGGCGGGGAGGGAUAGGGAGAGAGAGGUGUGGCAGAGAGAGAGGGAGUGUCUGAGCAAAGAGCUGGGGAGGAGGGAAGCGGAGCAGUUGGUGAGCUCUACUAGGUUGGAGGAGGUUUCCACCCUGUUGAGGGAGACAGAGAGGGAGGUGGAGAGGCUACAGCAUACUCAACGGCACCAUGACAAACAGGUGGAGGAGGAGAGAGGGACGGUCAGCCUGUGGAGAGAGAGAGCACAGGAGGAGGAGAGACAGAGGCAGAGACUGACGGUGUUGCUCGCCCAGGCGGAGGAGAGGAUGAAGAAAGGUGAGAAGGAGGUGAAGAGACAAGUGGAGGUGAUGAGGAGCAGCAGAGGGGAAGAGAGAGAGAGACUCAACCUCAGCCUCCAACAGCUAAGCGAAGAAAACAAACGGCUCAACCUAACAGAGAGAGAGAGGGAGAAAGAGAGACUGGAGGAGGAGAGAGAGAGACUGGAGGAGGAGAAAGAGAGGGUGAGACUGACGGAGGAGAGAGAGAGGAAGAGAGCUGAGGAGAUGACACGAGCGAGAGAGAGGGAGAGACUGGUGGAGAGAGAGAGGCAGAGAGAGAUGGAGGCUUUGUGUGACCAAAUCGAGAAAUUGGAGAAAUUGGGAGCAGAGAAUGAGGUGCAGCAGUCCAGAAUGAUAUCUGAGGAAAAGAGGAGGGAGGGAUGGAGAAAAAGAGCUGAGGAGGCAGAGAAGGAGAGAGAGGAGGCGAAACGGAGGCUUUUGGAAAGAGAGCUGAGUCAUGAGGAAGAGUUGAAAGCGGAAAGGAGAGUGCGUGAGGAGGCGGAGGAGAGGCUGAGGAGGGCUGAAUCCCAGAUGAGGACCAGAGGAGAAGAGAUGGAGAGGAUGAACCAACGGGUGCUUGGUCUGCAAGGAGAGCAAGUGCGUGUAGAGGGAGAGCUCCUGAGGAGGAGAGAGGAGGAGAGGGAGAGAGAGAUAGACCUCCUGAGGAGCAGAGAGAGGGAGAGAGAGAUAGACCUCCUGAGGAGGAGAGAGGAGGAGAAGGAGAGAGAGAUAGACCUCCUGAGGAGCAGAGUGGAGGACAGGGAGAGUGAGAUAGACCUCCUGAAGAGGAGAGAGGGGGAGAGGGAGAGAGAGAUAGACCUCCUGAGGAGCAGAGAGGAAGAGAGAGGGAGGGAAAUAGACCUCCUGAAGAGGAGAGAGGAGGAAAGGGAGAGAGAGAUAGACCUCCUGAGGAGGAGAGGGGAGGAGAGGGAGAGAGAGAUAGACCUCCUGAAGAGGAGCGAGGAGGAGAGAGAGAUAGACCUGAAGAGGAGAGAGGGGGAGAGGGAGAGAGAGAUAGACCUCCUGAGGAGCGGAGAGGAAGAGAGAGGGAGGGAAAUAGACCUCCUGAGGAACAGAGAGGAGGAGAGGGAGAAAGAGAUUAACCUCCUGAGGAGCAGAGAGGAGGAGAAGAAGAGUGAGACAGACCUCCUGAGGAGGAGAGAGGAGGAGAGAGGGAGGGAGUACGAGCUGAAUAAGGUGAGGAUGAGUGUGGUGGAGGAAGAGAGGGAUGAAAUGAAGAAACAGUUGGAGGAGAAAGACCGCAAUCUGGAGCACCAGAGGAGUAUAUUGAGGGUGAAAGAGAAGGAGGUGAAUACCCUGCAGGAGCAAGCCCAGCUCCUGCAGGAGGAGGUGGGGGAGGAGAGGAGAGAGAGGGAGGAGCAACAGAGAAAGCGAGAAGAGAGAGACGCAGAGCUGAGGAGCAGGCUGGCGGAGCUGGAGGACAAGCAGUCCCGGGGGAGGGAGAGGGGAGAGAGGGAGAGAGAGGAGAGAGAGAGAAUCAAGGAGGAGAUGAGGCAAGCUGAGGAGGAGAACAGGAGGCUGCAGGAGAAAGUGAGGAAGCUGAAAGGGGAGCGGGAGGGCCUGGGGAGGAGGCUGGAGGAGGUCGAGAGUAGGCAGCGACUGCUGCAGGAAGAGCUGGAGGAGGAGCUGAAGAGGACCAGGGAAGAGCUGAGAGGAGCAAGACACAACAUGGUGUCAGGUCUGGAAGUGUGGAAGGUGGAGGAGGAGAGGAUGAGGAGGGGGAUAAAGACUUCCCUGGAGGAGGUGGACUCCCUCAAGCACCUUCUAUCAGAGAGAACAGAGGAGGCACAGCACCUUCACAGCGCCCUGCUGGAGGGGAAGCAGGAGGUGGAGCGGGUCAAGGAGGAGACCCUCCAGGCUGCCAGGGAGGAGGUCCUCCGCCAGAGGGAGGAGAUGGAUAAAGAAAGAGAGGAGGAGAGAGGAGAGCUACAGGGGUUGAGGGCCAGAACAAAUGCUCUGAUACAGAGAAGAGGGGAGGUGAAGGAGGAACUGGAGAGGGAGAUGGUGGAGAGGGAGUGGAGGACGAGGAUGGAGGUUCUGGAGGAGCAGAAGAAGGGUCUGAGUGAAGAGGUGAGCAUGCCAGAGGAGAAGCGAGAGAGGGACCUAAAAAACGUUAAGCAACCGAAGGAGGGAGAGAAGCCAAUGGCGGACAGGAGGAGCAGGAUGAGUGGAGGAACGGAGGAGGACAGAUGUGGAGGUCUUUCCUCUCUUUUCCAGGAGACGGAGGAGAUACUCUUGGAGGACAAAGAGGAGGAGGUGUACCUGCUGACCAAGAGGACAGGGGAGCUGGCUGAGGACAGAGACAGAAUCUUAUCGGCUCUGGAGCAGACGGAGGCUGCUCUGAUUAGCUACAAGGAGAGGGGCCUUUCCAAUGAGCAGGAUAUUGACCUCGUACCAAGGGUUGCCUUGCUCCAGAGAACUGUAGCAGAGCUGGAAGUGGACCAGCGACGUCUGACAACAAGAAGCUCUCAGCUGAAACAUCAGAACCAUCGACUCAGGAGCCACCGGAAGGUGCUCCGCCGCAGGCUGAGAAUGGUAGAAGAGGAAAGAGGAAUCCUCUCGGCUCCGCUCACCCAGUCAGACAGCAGAUCUCAGCAGAUCAUAGAAACUGACGGAGAAACGCCACGACUGAAGAACAGAAUCAGAGAACUGGAAGAACAGGUCCACCGUUUGCGUCUUACUCUUUCUCUUGACAGUCAGGAGAUGUGGGACUUCAUCGAAAGCUCCUCUAAGAACAACCAAUCGGUUCUCUCCCUGCGGCGGGACCUCAGCCUGUCCCUGGAUGCCGUCUCCAGGAAGCCCCUCCAAUCGGUUCUGCAGACUGAAACCCAGCGAUUGGACCGUAGCCUCAGGGAGGAGGAGUUUAGAAUGUCUCUAAGCCACUUAUGACUCAUACAGCCCUGGUUGGUCCAGGUUGAAGAGUGUGUGGUACUGAUAGUUAUAUGAUAUAUAUAUAUAUGUGUGUGUGUGUGUGUGUGUGUGUGUAUAUGUUUUAUCAGGGUGGGUCAGUGUCUAGAAGCUUCACCACAAGGUUGUGUUUCUUGCCUCGUUUUAUGUUUGAACGGAUCACUGUAAAAUAUGCUUACUUCAAUAAAAUGUCAUUGAGCAUCCACAAGCGCCAAUGCAUAAGAGGACCCAAGAUACCAUCGACACUUCCUCUCUCUGUCUAUGUCAAUUCAAUUCAAUUCAAAAAGCUUUAUUGGAAUGAGAAACAUACAUUUGCAUUGCCAAAGCAGGUGAACAAUAAAAUAAACUGCGUUAUAAAAUAAAAAGGUAUAUAAUAUAAUAAGUAUGAACCUUUAAAUACAAAAUAUCUAUACAUAUCAAUUGUUACUUUAAAAAGUAAAAUGUGCGAUAUUAUAUAAAUUACAUUAUCUCGUAUAAACAUAAGUUAAAGAUAAACUCUAAAUACACAAUACAUUGCGGAGGAUUAGUGCAAUUAUUGUGUGCAGAGUGAUUCCAGGGGG